AUCUGCCCACAUCAGCUCUUUGCCUUAGCUUUACCCUCUCUCUCUCCCUCCACAAGUUGUCCUUCUGCUUCAACUCUAUUUUCCUCUCUCUCUGUCCCUUAACUGAAAAAACCACCACCACCACCACCGUCACGGGCUCCAUGGCCGCCGCAGCCGCCGUAAGCUCCGCCUUCUCCUCCUCCUCCAUCAACACCCUCAAGUGCUGCCUCCGCUCCGCCAACUCUCCCUCCUCCUGCCCGCCCCAACAGCUGAGGCUCCUCUCGCCAUCAUCAUCAAGCCUUCCCCACUUGGGGGAAGCUCUGUCGGUUCGCAUCACCCCGCUCAGACGCCGCGCCGGCCUGAGGAUAUCGGCUGCCUUAGCCCAAGAGGAGGCGGCCGCCCCUGCUGCCGUGGAAGUGGAAAAGGAGGAGGAAAAGGAGGAGGAGGAAAAGGAGGGGGAGCAGGAGGAGAAGGAGGGAGAGGGAGAGGGAGGGGGAGCUGAGGGUGUGACUGUGAAUACCAAGCUCUACUUUGGGAAUUUGCCUUACAAUGUGGACAGUGCACAGUUGGCCGGCAUAAUUCAGGACUAUGGAAGCCCAGAGCUUGUCGAGGUUCUUUAUGACAGAGACACUGGAAGAAGCAGAGGCUUCGCUUUUGUGACAAUGAGCAGCAUUGAAGAUUGUAAUGCAGUUAUUGAAAACCUUGCUGGAAGUGAAUACAUGGGACGAACGCUGAGGGUGAACUUCUCAGACAAACCUAAACCGAAAGAGCCCUUAUACCCCGAAACUGAGCACAAGCUUUUCGUUGGAAACUUGUCCUGGUCUGUGACUUCCGAAAGUUUGGCAAAAGCUUUUCAAGAAUAUGGAAAUGUAGUUGGAGCAAGAGUGCUGUAUGAUGGCGAGACGGGGAGGUCACGUGGUUAUGGUUUCGUGUCCUACUCAACAAAAGCAGAGAUGGAAACUGCUAUUGAAUCUCUUAACGGAGUGGAGCUGGAAGGGCGCGCUAUGAGAGUAAGUCUAGCUGAGGGAAAGCGGACAUAAAGCGAAAAUUAAGUUUUUGGGAACGUGGAAAAAGAUUGACAACCUUGGCACGGAAGAAGCAACAAAAGAUAUCUACUUCGAAUGAUCCCUUGUACAAUUUGCACAGCGAUCCCUCGUUUGCUUCUUUGCCAAUUGCUCCCACCUUUUUAUUCUGCCUUUCCUACUCAAUGUUCUUGCUCAAAGAUUUCAGUAUACAACAUUGGCUGGUGGCUAUGAUCAUUUUAAUGUGGCUUCAAUAAAUGCAUUACUCAAAUUUUCGGCUUCAAA